ACGGAGCAGUUAGAGGAGGACAGGCGCCUUGUUCUUCCCCGUGUGGUGGUGGUGGUGAUUUCAUGUGGAGGAAGGAGAAAGCGACCGAGAAAGCGACUUACUCUUGAACGGAUUUUAUUUAUUGUCCCCCCGCUAGAAUGUGUACUCCGUGUUGUAUCUCGCAGCUGGCCUGCUGCUGCGGCUCAGCGGCCUGCUCGUGCUGCUGUAACUGCUGCCCCAAGAUCAAACAGUCCACAGGGACCCGAAUCAUGUACGCCUUCUACUUCUUGCUGGUCACCGUCGUCUGUGUCGUUAUGAUGGCCCCCUCUGUGGUGGAGGAGUUGCAAGAACGUGUCCCAUUCUACAGUGAAUUGUGUGAGAAGAUGAAUGCAGGAGAGAACUGCAAAACUCUGGUUGGCUACGCUGCUGUCUACAAGAUGUGCUUUGGCAUGGCCUGCUUCUUCUUUUUCUUUGCUAUCUUCACCAUACGAGUCAACAACAGCACAGGCUGCAGGGCAGCCGUGCAUAAUGGGUUCUGGUUGCUGAAGUUUAUUGUGCUGGUGGGGUGCUGCGCUGGAGCCUUCUUCCUCCCAGAAGAGCAAACCUUUCUGGAAGUGUGGCGCUACAUAGGAGCAGCUGGUGGGUUCAUCUUCCUGCUGAUCCAGCUCAUGCUGCUGGUGGAGUUUGCACACAGAUGGAACACAAACUGGAGCUCAGGGGUUAAGUACAAUCGUCUGUGGUACGCAGCUUUGGCCUUUGUGACUCUGAUGCUGUUCAGUAUUGCAGUAGGAGCCUUGGUCUUCAUGGGUGUUUUCUACACCGACCCGGAGUACUGUUUAAUGAACAAGAUCUUCCUGGGCAUCAACGGCAGCCUGUGCUUAAUCGUCUCCCUGCUGGCCAUCUCCCCGUUCAUACAGAAACUGCAGCCCACAUCAGGCCUGCUGCAGCCAGGAGUCAUCAGUGUGUACGUCAUGUACCUCACUUUCUCAGCCUUCUCCAGCAAACCAAAAGAAACUGUGGAAAGAGAUGGUGUGAACGUAACCGUGUGUUCGUUUCCCAUCAACUCCGGGACGGAGAGCGACAAGAAGAUUGUCACCGCUUUUGGAACCAUCAUCCUGUUUUGCUGCAUCCUUUACUCUUGCUUGACGUCCACCACCAGGCGAAGCUCUGCAGCACUCCGAGUGUGUAGAAACAGUGAACCAGAGACUGAGAGAGCUCGCUGCUGUUUCUGUUUUGGAGAUGACAUAGAUGACUAUGAUGAGGAGAAUACCAGUGGAGGCCAGAACGUGGUGUAUGAUGAAAAAGAGGGAACCAUCUACAGCUACAGCUACUUCCAUUCUGUCUUCUUCCUGGGAUCCCUCUAUGUCAUGAUGACCGUCACCAACUGGUUCCACUAUGAUAACCAUAGGAUUGAGAAGCUGUUAGAUGGGAGUUGGUCAGUGUUCUGGAUCAAGAUGGUCUCCUGCUGGGUCUGCCUCCUCCUCUACAUGUGGACCCUCAUUGCUCCUAUGGUCUGCCCAAAGCGCUUCGAGGCCUAGGACAUCCACCACUACACUUGAGUCUGGCCACUCUGAUUUUUGGGACGUGGCCAGGCAGAAGCUCUCACGUGGAGCUGAGGGACCAGCUUCCUCCCCCCUGAACCCCCCUUUAUUUUAAAACACAACCCUACACUACCCUCAGCGUUCGAAAUGGAGGAUUAUCUGUUGCCUUUUGUUUUAUAUGCUAGUGUUUUAUUUUAUUUUGAUUUAAGCUGUUAAUACCUUGAUGGUAAUUUUGUUACCUUUUACUACCACUUACUCAUGGAGUUUUGUACCACUUACAGAUUUGAAAUUACAUUAAGAAUCAUAGGAGCUGAUUUACACCUUGAAACGGGAAAGGCCCCUAUAGAUUGAAUCAUAAUUUCAGAUUUGAAAGUAUAUUUUGUAAGUAUUUCCUGUAUGUGUCAGUUUUUUUUAAGAUCCUCGCUUUUACUGUCAGCCAGGCAUUUCAGUUCUGUACAGUUGGACCAUAAAGUUGUAGCAAAGUUUUGGGACAAAUCUAUUUCAAGUGAGACGUUAAGAGAGAAAUUGUAUUUAUUUAAGUGUCUUAAGUAAUCAGAAAUCAUUUUGUGAAGGAAUGUGAUGGAAUUAUAUUUGUCCCCGACUCUGUUUGAAUCUCAUCUCUCAGGCUCUCAUGUAAGCUGUAUAUGUUUGUGCUUUGUUAUAUUGCUCCCUUUUGUAGACGUUUUCUAUGCAACGGAACAAGAUCUUUUUCGAUAUUAUACCCAGUGUUGUGACGUUUCCACUUAGAUUUAAAAAAAAAAAAUACUGUUUCAGAUUUUAUUAAUGUCAGUGGCAGAGCUCCCUUUGAGCCACAUCUUUUCUUAGGAAAAUCCAUGUCAUGUGUACAACAUUUCCACUCGUUGUUGUUGUUGUACGGGGCAGCGCUCUUCAAAUCAACCUGCCUUACGUUAGAGUGACAUUAGUGGAGUGCCGCCUCUCUGGGAGAGCUGCAGUGACACAGAUGAGGAACGUUUGCCAAAGGUAGAUGUCAGGAAAUGACAAACUAUCAGUAUACAGAGAAAAAUCUAGCAGAGAACAUUAUGUAUUUGCAUGCACACUCAGACACUUAAAUCAGCUGUUUUCUGUACAGUUAUAAAGGCUUUUGUUACAUGUGUCAGCUCAUAUUGGUGGUCAGAAUAAGGUAGCAUGAGUGCUUUUAGUAGUGAGCUGUUCAACACUGGAUGUUGAGAUUACUGCCGAAUUAAAAUUCACACAAAGACCUUCAUCUGUUUACUUGAGUAACAGAAUUUUUUUUUUGUAUUGUAUGAAAAUACAAUUUAUUGCACAUUGUCAAGUGCAAGUCAUUAUUGUUUUCGUUCAUCAAUAAAUCAGUGUAAUUUUGUCUGAUUGUAUUCCUAACAUGCUUUUAGAAUAAUUUGUCCACUUUGGCUUAAGUUCUGUGAUCCGUGGAAAUUUUUGUUCAAUUUAUGCUUUAUAUACUUACAUUUUUGUCAUGUGACUUAUCUUUUUUUUUGGAAACAUUUCUGCAUUUUAACUAUUGGUAUGAAUGUAGAAAUGAAAUGGUGCUCUGCAGCUUUGAUAUCAAUGUCAAAUAAAAUCCUUAAUCAGAUAGCAGGACCCACUGUGAAGGCUACUGUAACAUACUGGAACAUUUUUGGACCAAGUCUCAUAUGUUUGAAAUACAGAAAUGUGGGUGCCAUGCAGUUCAUUGUUCACUCUUUCAAUAAAAACAUCCAUUGAAUGCCA